AUGUCAAACCAAGGCUACUACCAGGGCGGGCAUCAGGAAGGCCAGAAUCUUCAGCCGCAGUAUCAGCAGCAACAGCAACCACUCCAGCCUCAACAGCAGCAUUCACAGACUGGGUAUAGCGCGCCGCCAGGUCCACCGCCACAGCAAGGCGGAGGAUUUCGCGAAGAACAGUUGGUGCCCCAGGAGGAGCGCGGUGAGCAGAGGGAGGCAAUGGAGAACUUCGAGAUGAACAGGACCAAGCCCGAAAGCCAGACCGACCGCGACGUUGCCACCUUGCAAGAAGAAUUCCCAGCUGUGGAUGGCAGUUUGAUUGCUGCGCUCUACGGCGAUUCGCAGAGUCUAUCAGGCACGCGCGAAAUGCUGCAGGAACUGGCUUCCCAGAGCUGA